GUGUGUGUGUGUGUGUGUGUGUGUGUGAGAGAGAGAGAGAGAGAGAGAGAGAGAGAGAGAGAGAGAGUUGGGUGCAGGAUGGUGACAUGGACUGCUGUUUGUUUACUAGUGGGUGGCGAUAAUCAUGAAGAAAGUGUUGGCAGUCGGUAAAGGGGGGUGCAUGAUUAUGACUUUGGCGCCUAUAGAUGAUGAAUCGGGCUGCCGGUUGCUGAAGGGGUGCAAAAGCUGUCCUAAGCUUCAGGAUCUUGUUGAAGACAGAUGGACAGGUGACGUCACGUCCAUCCUUUUUAUUGUACGGUUGCAGAGUAGUUCAGUUGCUUGGAUUUUUUUCUGCUUUAGUCAGAUCCUUCAUGAGUUCGUUUGGUAUAAUUGUGCACGGUCACUGUUGUGUCCUCUUGUCUUUCAUGUCGAUUGGUUGUCUCAGACUGAAUGUCAGCAGGCCAAGCAUGCUGGUGCAGCAAUUCUCCUAGUCACCAUCGCCAUCAUGAACCUCCUCCUCCUCCUCCUCCUCCUCCUCCUCCUCCUCCUCCUCAUCAUCAUCAUCAUCAUCGUUGUCAAAGAUGAUGGUAAUGUUGGUGGCAGGUGAAGGGCCCUUCCGAUUCUCGUUCGUUAUACCGAACUCGUUGUUGGCGGAACGGAGGUCAGUGAAGCGGCCAUCUGUCUUGCUAAUGAGUUGGAACUAGUGUUGGGACCAUCCACCACCUUUCUUGGCCAUGAGUUGGAACCCGAGUUGGAACCAUCGAUCUUUCUUGCCAACGAGUUGGAACUUGCGUUGGAACCAGCAAUGUUUCUUGGGAAUGAGUUGGAACUUGCAUUGGAACCAGCCGUGUUUCUUGGGAAUGAGUUGGAAUUUGCGUUGGAACCAUCCAUCUUUCUUGACGACAAGUUGGAACCUAAGUUGGAACCAUCCAUCUUCCUUGGGAACGAGUUGGAACCAGCGAUGUUUCUUGGGAACGAGUUGGAACCAGCGAUGUUUCUUGGGAAUGAGUUGGAACCAGAGAUGUUUCUCGGGAAUGAGUUGGAACCAGCAAUGUUUCUUGGGAAUGAGUUGGAACUUGUGUUGGAACCAUCCAUCUUUCUUGCCGACAAGUUGGACCCUUAGUUGGAACCAGCCAUCUUUCUUGGGAAUGAGUUGGAACCAGCGAUGUUUCUUGGGAACGAAUUGGAACUUGUGUUGGAAUCAUCCAUCUUUCUUGCCGACGAGUUGGAACCUGAGUUGGAACCUGAGUUGGAACCAUCCGUCUUUUUCUUGCCAAUGACUCUGAGCCGGAACCAGGCGCUAUUCUUGGGAAUGAGUUGGAACUUGAGUUGGAACUUGAGCUGGAACCAGCCAUCUUUUUUUUUCUUGCCAACGAGUUGGUACCUGAGUUGGAACCAGCCAUCUUUCUUUUCUUCCCAAUUAGUUGGAACCUGAGUUGGAACCUGAGUUCCAAUGGAACCUGAGUUGGAACCUGAGUUGGAACCAGCCAUCUUCUUUUCUUCCCAGUGAGUUGGAACCUGAGUUGGAACCUGAGUUGGAACCUGCGUUGGAACCUGAGUUGGAACAGUCCAUCUUGGUUGCCAACCAGU